AUGACGGAUGCCCCAAGGGUCACUAUUGCGGCCGAUGGCGAGGAAACGUCGAAUGGUCCAACGGCGGGUGCCGGGUUGAGGGAGCAUCCACCAAAGAUACUCUUCAACGUUUGCAGAAGGGAGUUAUUUCACCCAAACAAGGGGUACAAGCAGUUGACGCGGCGGCUCCGGCAGUUUUGUACGGUAGAUGUUAACAAGGAGGAUAUCAGCAUGGAUCGUCUCGCGCCGUAUGAUAUUGUUGUCUUCGGCUCACCCCAAGAGAGGUUGAGUACGGAGGAUCUUUCGGUUAUUCGGGAAUACGUUCAGCAGGGCGGUUCUGUUAUUAUGCUCUUCGGAGAUGGCCACGGGGGCCGCUACUCAUACCUCAACGGCACGUUGGAGGAGUGGACUGGUAUUACACUCAAUGAGGAUUGCGUGGUUCGUACGGUCAUGAACAAGUACCUUCACCCUAAGGAGGUUUGUGUUGUCAAUGGUAUAACAAACCGGGCUAUCAACAAAGCGGCAGGUAAAAAUGUUCCUGGAGUCACCGGCUACCAGGGCUACCGCACGGGUUUUGCCAUGGGCGGCACCGCCCCGUUUGGAAACCGCGGCGCCCCAACGACGCUCAACCGCACUGCUACGGCUGGUGCUCUCGGCAACGCGGCAACGACGGUCGCAGCAAUGGCUAUGCAGCAACAACUAGUGGACGAGGCUGCAGCGGAGGCUCCAACUAACUUAACUUUUGUCUACCCGCACGGUUUGAGUUUCAAUGUCAACCGUUCCGCAGUGCCAAUUCUUAGCAGUGGUUUCAUGGCGUACCCACUUAACCGUCCCAUUGCCGUUGUAUGGGAAAAUAGUGAUGAGGCGGAGCACAAUGGGCGAAGGAAGCGAGGCAAACUGCUCCUCGUUGGUACCGGUCUCCUUCUUGAGGACUCUUGGCUUGGAAAAGAAGAAAAUGAGCUGUUAUCUACUGUUCUCUUUGACUAUAUGAACCAUCAUAUUAAAUUAAACCAAAUCGAUGCUGAUGAGCCCGAUAUAACGGACUACCAUCACGUACCUGAUAUUGCAUCCCUUUCGGAGCGGCUGCGUGUUGCUGUCGAGCAGCAGGAGGAACUCCCACGUGAUUUCACUAAAUUAUUCCAAAUCGAGACAUUUAAACUUGAUACAGAUAUGAUUCCAGAGGUUGUUGAGGCGUAUGAGAAACUUAACGUGAAGCAGGAGCCUCUGACACUUAUCCCCCCGGAAUUCUUAACACCUUUGCCACCCGUCAAACCUGCUGUCUUUGAACCAACACAUCGCGACCCUAUGCAGCCGGCUUUGGAUCUUUUCGACCUGGACGAAGAGUUUGCCCCUGAUAAAGUGCGGUUGAGCCAGUUGACCAACAAAUGUAAGGCAGAGGAUGUUCACUUUUACAUUCUUCAGGCGUCGGAGAUCCUUGGUGUCACGAAGAAAUUACGGAGUCCACGAAACCGCGACCCUCGUGCACUUUUAGACCACGUGUUCCGUCAUGUGAUGCAGUAUAAGAUGAGUACAGCAGGCCCGAGGAAUUCAUCAGCCAGUGGGUUAGAUGGGAUGAACGCGGAUACGAAUGCUGCGGCUGCGGCUGCGGCUGGAAGUAUGAUGAGAGUCAUUCGGGUGCUAACCAAUGAGAAUGGAAAUAAGGAUGCAACACCCUUCGAUAACAACGUCCCGUGGAUGCUGGAAAUCCGGGCGGACUUUGGUAGCGGUGACAUUACAGGAAAACUGACACUACAGGAGUCGUCCGACCAAUUCCCCGCCCAGGAAGCCCUCCUUGAAGGAACCAUCAGGCCCCCUGGUGAGAGGGAAUACCCAAUGGAGUACGGCACGGCGCUGCGUGGUGCGGCGGGUGAGCAGGUAUUCUUUGUGUUCCUUGCUAUACUUCAGGGAAAUUCACUGCGCGGUGUAUGUGAAGUAGCAGGAGGUGUUAACAAUUCGCGCCAUUUCGUCUAUGAAAUUGAGGAGCUUUGA